AACAUUAGGGUUUAAGCACCAGGGAUUUCUCCGGCGAUUGAUCGCGUGCGCGAUCCUCACGGCGAAUGGAUCUUCUCUUUGCGAUGAGCUGGCCAAAUGUGUAGCGAGAGUUUCUUGCCAAAAGGUAUGAGUCAUGGCUCGCGUUUUGGAGUAUGCCCUUGCUGUCACGCUUCCAUCGCGCUAUUUUUUAUGGACUCUCACUUAGACACUUGUCUCCGAAGAAGUUACGAGGAGGAUUAUGUGGAACCAGAUGAUGAAAAAUCAGAGGAAGAACCUCAGACCAAGCAAGAAGUGUUUCCACUCUUCCGUCAAAGAAAGAAGAUCAUUCAUAUUAUCAGGCACGGGCAUACUUUGUUUCAGCAAGGAGAUCAGAAGAUGAUCGAUGUAAGGCUCUCGGCUCAAGGCAUUCAACAGGCCUCCUGCAUUGGUCAGCAGUUGCUGUCGCUUAAGCCAGACGUGAUUCUAGUUUCUCCUCUAACAAGAGCGUUGGACACAUUGAAAUGGGCUUUACACCCGUUCAAGGACGAGAGAAGCAGUUUGCGUCUGGAAGUCAGCAGCUUACACACUGAGCACGUAGCUGGUGCUGGAGAUAUUGGCCGUGAUCCACAGGUACUUUCUCUUGAUUUUCCUUGGCUAUCAUUCGAGAAGCUCGAUCCAGUCUGGUGGUUCUCGCCGCCAGAGGCUCCAAACAUCGGGGCAUUUCGGACGAGAGAAAACACUGCGAACCUCCGCAAACGGGUCGCUUCUUUUCGUCGCCAUCUUCUUUCAAGGCCAGAACAAGUAAUUGCUGUUGUUGGACAUUCUACUUUCUUCAUGGUGCUUACCGGUGAGAAGAAGCGAAUGCGUCACUGUGAGUUUCGCAAGCUCGCAAUCUAAGACGUGAUGGUGCCAAAGGUAUUUCCCAAAGUCAUCCCGGAGUUCAUGCUGUAAGAAAUGUUUCCAGACAGUUGGCCUUUUAUGUGUUUCAGGCAGAAUUUAUGAUCAAGUCCAUAACUGUCAAUUCUUCAA